UGUUAUUUAAUUGCUAGUUUAAAGCAAGAAAAAAUUUUUGCAAAACAUUUCAUUUGCUUUUCCACAGAAAAGUUCAUUCAAAACAUAUAAAUUGAUUCCUUUAGUAGUCCUUUCAUUGUCAUCCUUUUGUCAUGUUUAAGUUGAAGGGAGUAAAUUUCUCUUUCUCCGUGGUCUUCCUUGGAGCGCCAUCUAGUUUUUCUCCCCAGCGAUUCAAUAUAAAUAUAACGGAGUUGCAAUGAAGUACUUAGUCGUGCGUUAUAAUUAGCGUUAAUUAACAUAAUUUUGGGGUUUUAUUAAGUGUUUCAUAUUCCAAACUAAUAUUAGUGACACUUAUAACCAGCAAAAUCGAAUCACAGCUGACCGCUGAAAUUCAGCCGUCUGUCUGACGUGUGCUGGAAGAUCGAACUUCGGGGAGCCAGCCCAAAAUGGAGGAGCUCUGAAAUGUUAUUUUGAAGCUAUUUUUAUGGCGUAUUGUAUCGGGACACCCACCAAUCUCCAACCUGUUUUUUUCCAAAGCACAAAAAUGUUACUUUUCUAGCAAAUUUUUUAACUUAUUUCUUGCUGUCUUAGUGCCAUGCAGGGCCCCUGGGCCAAGAAAUGUUUUGGUGCCCCUAUAAUAUGUAUACUGUUUAUAAUCCAGCUACAGAAAUUUCCCAUACAUAAAAUGGGCAAUGCCAACAGAACAGGAAACUGUUUGCAAUGCACCAUCAGAUUUAGAAGAACAUAGUUUCAAUUUACAUAGCAUCAUGCCUUGUGGAUCUUCAAAAGUUAAUUCUGGGAGUGGAGAUCCAUCCAAUAAAAAUGAAGAAAAUGGCUGUUGUGCUUUUGAAGAUUUGGACCAUUCAGUUCUUCAACAUCCUUUGUAUACAGGGGUAAGAAAUGUGAAACAAAUAUUAAAAUGUUUGCAGGAUGCCACUAAGGAAGUUAAAGAUGUCAUACUAAACGAGUGUAAUAUCAUAUAUGAAUGUAAAGUAUGCGCAAAUUUAUUCCGAAGUCUGGCAAAUUUGUUGUAUCACAAAAGAUGUUAUUGUAAAAAACACUUAUGUGAAGAAAUGGUUUUGUUUGAUCAUUUUGAAGAGGAGCAAGCAGUAAUCAUUCAACCUGAAACUCCCAGUGAACAAGAAACAACUCCUAAGUUGUUGAAAUGCACUGUUGAUUUAGUUAAAACAGAUUUGGGAAAUGACAAAAGUGUAUUUGUUGUGGAAGAUGUAUCGAAAAUCGACAGUGAAAUGAAACAGUCAUCAAUUAUGAGUAAAGGAAAUAAAUCUAAAGAUCUGAUGGAUAAAAAAACCACUGAAGUUAAGAAAUCUGAGCAUUCUAUGAUUUCACGAAGGACUAGAGAUAAAAAUUCUCAAAAGGCAGAAAAGAAAAAGAAAUUGGUUAAUUCACAAUCUGUUGAGUCCCAACCAAAAGCUAAGAAAAUAGAUAAUUUUGAAAUCAUCAACAUUGAUUCAGCCAUAGUGAAAGUAGGUACUCAAAAUGAAAUUGAUUUAGAAGUCAAAAUGGAAACUACUAAUAGCAAUGCCAAUGAUUUUCAAGAAAAAGCAAUGACACAAGAAAAUAUGGAUAUCAAGGAAGAAAACGAAUCACAAAAAUUGGAUGAUGAAAAUUCUAAAUCAAAUGAAUCGAAGUUAGAGAUUAUAAAGGAAAAUAAUCCACUUGAAGAAAACUCGACUGAAGUGAAAGCUGAUAAUGCAUCAAAAACAAGUGUAAAACCAACGAAGAAGAUAAUUUUUACCAAACCCAAAACUCUUCAGAUUAAAAAUUCAGUUGUUCUUGAUGAUCUCAGAAAGAAUUUAGAAACUGAGAAUAUCGGAUUGACGAAAAUCACUAAUGCAUCUGGGAAAAAAGUUUGUUUUCCAAAGCUUAUUUUAAAAACUGUUGAUGGCAAUCCUCAUGCUGUUUUUCAGAAAGCUGAAGCAAAACAGUCUAGUACCCCAACAAUAAAAAGUCCCACUGAUCAAAAACCAGAAAAUGAAAAAUUAAUUCUAGUUUUAAAGAAAGACGCUUUAAGUCCCACAAAACCAAUUCAAGAGAAAACUGAGAGUGCAAACAAUAAAAACGUAAUAAAAUCAACCGAGUUUCAUCAUCUAACACGACGAAAGAGACUUUUGGCUCGUAAUGAUUGCAAAGUACAGGAACUAAAAUGUCUCACGUGCAAUACUAUAUUCACAUCUCUGAAAACUCUGUAUUUUCAUAUGCUAUCUAUUCAUUCGAAAAAAAGACUCUAUUAUCCUUGUCCUCUUUGUAAGGCUUACUUUGUACAAAUUUAUGGAGUUACUAGACAUUUAGUUUCCAUUCAUAACAAGACAAAGGAUCAAAUUAACAAAUUACGUGAUACUAUAAAAAAGAAGAGUAUUUGGAAGAAAGUUGAUGAUACUAUUUCUUCUAAAGAUGAUAUAUCUAUUGAUAAAACGGAGGUAAAAAAAGAGCUUGAACCAGAGACAAAGCAUGAAUUAGUGACAUCUGAAAGUGAUGGCUCUACAGCACCAGCUAUUAAAACAAUAAUUAAGCUUAACAAAAAUGUAAACUUUCACCAAUGCUCUAAAUGUAGCAGAGUGUUUGGAAGAAAAUCAUCCCAAGUUAGCCACGAGAAGUUCUGCAUUAUGAAUGCAAUUAAAGUAGAGACAGUUGACCUGGCAGCUCAGUCUCCUCCAACAAGUCCUCCCUUGAUUUCAUUUCUGUCAUUAGCUCAAAAAAGGCAGAGUAUUGAAUCAGAAACUAAUAAACAAAUUCAAUCUCUAAGACUUCAGACUGACCCUGCUUUAAAAAUAAGCAUUAGGCCUAAAAGAAAGGCUGAAAAACUAAUGCACAAAGAUUUUAUCGAUAGUCAAACUUUGAAAUGGAGAUCUGUUAAUAAAGUAGUGAAUAACACUAAAACUCCUCCUGCUGCUAAGAAGAGUACUACAAAAAAUUUAGAAAAGAAAGUUUCAAAUAUAAUGAAUGUUGAGAAUUUGACUUGCUUAAAGUGUGGUAAAAAUUUUUCCUCAUAUUCAAAUUUAAAAAGACAUGUUGCCAUACAUGUUGGAUGGACAAGAUUUAGAUGCGUUAUUUGUGAAUACCAAGCUUAUAAUAAAUCCCAGUGCUGGUUUCAUGUACAGAAAUUUCACGAUAUUUCUGAAGAUGAAGUAGAAAAAUAUGUACAAAAUUUAGGGUCUAACUGGCUGUCUAAAAAACCUGUUUUUCACCAGCAAAGCCAAACUUCUAAAAUUAAUUCACCUGGAAAUGUUAAAAAACAUAGUGCGGUGCAAAAAAUAAAAAAGAAGAAAAAUAUUGGGAGACCUAUUGAAAAGAAAUUCACCCAAUCUGUCAAAAAAUUAAGUUUGGACAGCAAAAAAGAUUCAGACUCCAGAAAGGACAAAUCCUCGAGUAUAGACAAUAAGAAAGAAGCCGGUGAAAACAAAAAGAAGAUACAAUAUAUUGACACUAAAAAAGACAUCAAUGAAAUGAAGAAAGAGAAAAGCCAUUGCUUGGAUUCUAAAAAAGAAGCUAACGAUUCCAAGAAAGAGAAAAGCCAGUCAAUCAGUUUUAUACAAAAAAGCAAUGUACCUGAUUUUAAAAAAGACCUCAAUAAUUAUAAAUCUGUUACUACUAAUAACCCCACUACUAUAAUACUCUCUAAGAAACUACCUUCAUCAUCCGCCCAGUCAGUAGUAACGAUUCCGACAGAAUCUCAGUCUUCCAAUAAAGCAUGUCCACUGCGCUCUUCGCCACGUAAAAUAGAAAUUAAAUCCAUCAAAUCACCCGAGGAGAAAAGUUUGACAAGCUUAGUUACUAGAUCCACAGCCUAUGCAAAAAGCUCAAUACAGAUUAAAAUUACACCUCCACGACCCACUUCUGCUGAAACCAUAAAAAAAUCAUUGAAUCAGUACUCUGAAAAAACUUCUCCCAAGAAAGAUAAACUGAUAAGUGAAUGGUUUCCAAAAAAGGACUUGAAUUCUAAUACAAGCAGAAGGGAAUCGGCUCCAUUAAUAAUAGGACUUGUGCCUGCUUCAAAUUCAGGAUUGAGUGUUCGUACGAAAAACCCUGCAAUUACUUAUGAGAAAAGUGGCAAUUAAUAUUUUCUAUAUUAUGUACUUGGUUAACUUCACAUAGACUUUUUUGACUUUAAUUCAUUUUUAGAUAUGGUGUCUCUGUUAAGAAUGAAAUGAGCCAAUCACAAGUGUCUAAAAUCAAUUUAGAGAGUUUGGUUAUGUUGGUGAACUUUAUCGAAUUUAAUUUCUUUAAUACUAGAAAUUGAAAAAGGAAAAUUAUCUUAAAAUCAAUUUAUCAAAAUGUAUUAUUAACAAAAUCAUCUAUUUUCUACAUUUUAAUUUAAUGUUAUGGAUUUCUCUACAUGAUGGCUCAAAUGUGUUAAUCUAAUUACAGUGUUUAAGUACUGCAGUCUUUUUUUUAAUAUUAUUAUAACCUGUGCAGGAAUGGUUUUUACAACUUAAUCUCACAGUAUCAUAGUAAAUACACUGUAUGUUUUAUAUACUUUAUUUCAGCUACUUUAGAAUUCUUCUAACAUUGUUAUUUCGUUGCUAUCUGCUGUGGGCCCUUAGGAAAUAAUAAAUAACUUAAAGAAAGAAAAAAAUUUAGUAAAAAAAUAUGUUGCUGUUUGACUUGCCAAAUCGCUGAAAAUGUUGUGUAGAUCAAUUGAUGAAUAACUAGUUUUUAAAAUGGGAAUGAAAUUUU